AUGUCCGGGCGUUUUGUUCGUUCCUCCAAAUAUCGCCACGUCUUCGGGCGAUCGACGAGAAAGGAUCAAUGUUACGAUAACCUUCGAGUCUCCCGAAACGCCUGGGAUACCAACCUUCUUAAGGUCAACCCGAAACACAUUGCGGUCAAUUGGGAAGCAGGUGGUGGCGGAGCUUUUGCGAUUAUUCCUCUUGAGGAACGAGGCAAGCUCCCUGAGCGCAUCCCAUUGUGUCGAGGCCACACUGCGGUCGUUUUGGACACCGACUGGAACCCUUUCAAUGACGACCUGAUUGCCUCUGGAUCUGAUGACGGCAAGGUUUUCCUCUGGCGGGUUCCGGAGAACUUCACCGUUCGGCCUGAGGCCGAUGCCGACGACAUCAAGGAUCUCGCGCCUAUUGGCAAAUUGAGUGGUCAUCCUAAGAAGAUUGGCCACGUGCUCUUCAACCCCGCGGCAGAAAACGUGCUGGCAACGGCCUCGGGCGAUUAUACCGUGAAGAUCUGGGAUAUCGAAGCUGGCGCACCGAAGCUCACGCUGAACAUUGGCGAUAUUGUGCAGUCGCAGUCGUGGAGUGCCAACGGCUCCUUGUUGGUCACUACCUCGCGUGACAAGAAGCUCCGCAUCUGGGAUGUGCGACAGGAACGUCCGGCUCACGAGACCAAUGGCCACACCGGUGCCAAGAAUAGCCGAGCUGUGUGGCUGGGAGAGCGUGAUCGCAUUGCGACUACCGGUUUCUCCAAGAUGAGUGACCGCCAGCUGGCGCUCUGGGAUAUCCGUGCCGUGCGGGAACCCAUCAACGGUUUCAAGACCUUGGACUCCAUUUCUGGCGUGUGCAUGCCUUUCUGGGAUGAUGGAACUAACAUGCUAUACUUGGCUGGACGAGGUGACGGCAAUAUCCGAUACUUCGAGCUUGAGAACGACAAGUUCGAGUUCCUCUCUGAGCACAAGUCUGCCGACCCCCAGCGAGGAGUUGCUUUCAUGCCCAAGCGUGGCGUGAACAUGCACGAGAACGAAGUCGCUCGCGCCUACAAGACCGUCAACGAUCAAUACAUCGAACCCGUCUCAUUCAUCGUCCCCCGUCGGUCCGAAAACUUCCAGGACGACAUCUACCCGCCCGCCGCCGGAGUGACCCCCGCCAUGUCUUCGUCCGAAUGGCUGGGUGGCAAGGAGGCACUUCCUCCCAAGAUUUCCAUGGCCAGCCUAUUCGAUGGCGAGGGUAUUAAGGAGGUGUCAGGAGUGGAAGAAAAGCCGACUGGCUCCAUGGAUGCCCCUGCAUCCAAGCCCGCCGAGGCACCCAAAGCCGCUGAGACCCCCAAGACCCCUGAGCCUGCUUCCCCGAAGGCUGCCCCCGAGCCCGUCCCUGAACCUACUCCCGCUGCGCGCCCCGCCCCCUCGAUGAAGGAACAGGGUGCUUCAAUGGCCGCCAUGGUGAACAAGUUUGCCGAUGGUGAAGAGGAGGCUACCGUGUCAGACGAUGACGACUCGAGCUUCGAGGAAAUUCCCAAGCCGGUUGAGCGUCCCACUCGCCCUGCCGCUGCCGAGUCUGCUUCGCCCCGUGUCAGCAGCCCGUUGAGGCCGAAGGAGGUUGAGACAAAGCAAGCCGAGGUAAAGCAGGUCGACACAAAGCCUCAACCCACCCUAGUUUCCUCUACUGUCCCCUCACCCACUAGCGAGACCCCUUCGCCCAUCACCUCCGUCCCCAAGAACGACAUCGAAGAGAUUAAGAACCUGAUUGCCGAACAGACGAAGACGAUUGCAUCUCAGGCGCAGCAAAUGCAAACACUGACUGCUGAGAUUGAGGCAUUGAAGAGCAAGCUGAACUAA